AUGAUAAGGGUGAAUAGAGAAUUAAAUGUUAUUUAUAGUAUACAACCUUUAGGACUAUUAUUAAAUUAAAAAACGAAUAUUUAGACUUUAAAAAAUUAGAUUAGAACCCAUUUAAAGGGUUUUGUAACUCUAUUUUUUAGUUGUAGAACUUAAAAUGAUUAUCUAAUUAAGGUGGAAUGUAAAGAAUACGAAAAAAUGGUACAUUAAAUUGAAUUUGUUUUUUCUAGAAAGGGAAAACAGUUGAUAUUAUAAUUAAUAAGGAUCAUUUUGGUUUAGGUGUGAGUUUAUAAAUUACUUUUUCCAAUAUGAUGGACUUAUUAAUGUAUAAAGAUCUAAUUAGAUGGGUUGAAAUGCUUUGA